CGAUGUCUGUUGCCCUGGCAUGAGAGAUGAGCGACCCUUGCCCUAGAGCGGCUUGCGCCUGGCAAAGCUCUGGGAAGGCCUAGAGCGGGAGGGUCCCCAUGCAGGGCUGGUGCCUCAGGGAGUCUUUGGAGAAGGCCGAGGGGCUACGGUGGCCCUAACUGAGGAGGCGGCCUCCUCGCAGAGCUGCGCCAGAAAGGCCCACCGGGAGAGGCUGCACCCCCCCCCACCCACCGGGGACGGAGCGGAAGAGAGAAGGGGCCUGCCAGAGCGCUCCAUCCCCCGGCGGGGAGGUGCUGGGCUAAGGGGAGAGUGGCUCGAGCCAUGGAUUCCUGGGUGCGGUUCAGCGCCCAAAGCCAAGCGAAGGAGCGGGUGUUCAGGGCUGCUCAGUAUGCCUGCACUCUCCUAGGCUACACACUGCAGAAGAAUGGGACAAGCCCGGAUUUCCUUGCUAGGAUCAAGCAGCUAGAGGCUCACCUGAGCUUGGGACGCAAAUUGUUCCGGUUAGGGAAUUCUGCUGAUGCCCUGGAAGCAGCCAAACGGGCUAUCCACCUGUCAGACAUAGUACUGCGGUUCUGCAUCACCGUGAGUCACCUGAACAGAGCCAUGUACUUUGCUUGUGACAAUAUUCUGUGGGCUGGGAAAUCAGGUCUCGUUCCACACACGGACCAGGAGAAAUGGAGCCAGAGAUCCUUCAGAUACUACCUCUUUGCGCUGAUAAUGAACCUGAGCCGGGACGCCUACGAAAUCCGGCUGUUGAUGGAGCGCGAGAUGAACGGGAAGUGCCAAAAGGGGGCCGGGGACAACAGCUGCACACCCAGGGAAGAUGGCAAGCUCCAGCAACUGACGUUGAGACUGAAACUGCAGCUCCGCCUCCUGGUGCACGUGCUGAGGAACAACCCGCCUCUGCUUGUGGAUGUGGUGAAAAAUGCCUGCGACAUUUUCAUCCCACUGGACAAGCUGGGUCUGUACAAGACCAGCCCGGGUUUCGUAGGGCUCUGCGGCCUGACGUCAUCUUUACUUUCCAUCCUCACUAUUGUCCACCCUUGGCUGAAGCUGAAACCGUGAAAAGGUGUAGGGGUAAGGACCGGCAGGCUUCCGCGGAGACAGCAGCAUCCUUCACAACACUGCUUUGGGAGCUGGUAGCACUGAUGACGUGGUGGCGUUGCCCAGCUCUUGGCUGUUGUGAUGGCUCCGGUUCCUUGAAACGCAGGUCUUCUCUUGGAUGCCUGUGCUGCACUCAUUCAGUGGCAGCCAACCACUUCAUCGCCAGACUGAUUGAAACGCUGUACCCACAGCCCUCCUAUGUAGAUUGUCUUUAACGCACUCUGUGUGUACUUUUUUUCCUUUUCUGCUUCCAGAAUGGCCCUUCUUACUCUACAGUAUCCCUUCUCCCACAUCUCCCUCCAUCCCUCUAUGCUUCAUCUGCCUCUUUUUAAAACCCAGCUUGGGGCUUAUGAGUCGGCCUCACACACAUUGUAGGAAUGUAUCCCUCCUUCCUGGGCAACCAGAUCAGGGGAGGUAGGUGGAGCAAGAGACCUCAUUGCAUCCACUUUCUAGUUGGACACGGAGAGUAGGGGCAAGAGGUCUGUAGUUUAGGGGGAAACCUGAUUGGAUAGUGGACCUGUUGCAUCUCUUGUUGCCCUGACAACCACACAAGGAAAAAGUGGGUCUGGGCCUUGUGAUAUUCUCCUUCCUCUGCUGCUGUUCUGGAGAUGGUGAUGGGCGGCAGCCAUGGAGGUGGGACCACAUUUGAAGAUUCAGCAGAUGCUUAAAAAGCUUAGGCUGAUCUGCUGCUCCAAGGGGAAGCCAUGGCUCUGUAGGCCGGAACUCUGCUGUGUCAGGUAUCCCCAAGAUGCUUGGAGUUUCUUGUGUGUGCCUUCAUCUUCAACUCUCUUCAUUCUUUUACUCUUUUUUCACUCUGGAUUGUAAGAAUUUUCCUCCACAACCUUCCGGCUCACCCCUCCUUCCUUUUCAUCAACAGAACAUUUGAAACUUUGUCAGUGAGCCCAAUGUCUCGUGUUUAAAUGUAACCAUUUCCCCACCAUCCUUUCUUAUUUUCUGAGCAGAGGGUGCAGUUUUUGCUGUUCCAUGUGAUUUCCCACUCCAAAAUCUGGUGUGUCUGUCACGUUUAGGGGCAGGGGGAGGAGCAUCUCCUUUUUGAAGUAAAGGUGUAGCCAUUGUUUCAAGUCGUCCCAGUCCGUGUCCUGGGAGGGCUCCUGUCAGAUGGGAGAAUUUUGCCAAAGCUCCAGUGAUAAAGCAGACCCCAUUUCCACUCCACUCCUACAGGAGGCUUGGGAGAGAGCCCUCUUGGACUGGCUAAUCCUAUUUCUAAUACCUUAGACUUGUCACCUCCUUCUCCUCUCCCUUUUUAAAAUACUUGCCCAGCAGGAAGGCAGAAGUUGACAGCUACACUCCCUGCCUGCUUGCCGGCCUGCAGUGCAGCCGCUUGUAGAUGCAGAGCGUUAGGGGUUGGUUAACCUGUCUCUGCCCAUACAGUUUGAGAGUGCAGGCAGGCACUCACACAACUGACCACUCCUCCCUUUCGAUAAAUGAGUUGCAUGUUGAGAACUAGUGUGCUGAGAGAGAGGUUCUGAAUUACCUACUAGCUUUUUCUGAGCAGGGCAUCUUUUUGAAUGUCAGGUCGUGAAUAGUCUGCCGUGGUGCAGCCAGGCACCCCACCGAGAACUUCACCUGUAGGCCAGCCUCCUCCUCUUUCUCCCCCAGGGUUCAGCCAAGCCUUUUACAGUGCAAUCCUAAACAGAGUUACAUGUUUUUAAGCCCAUUAAAUUGACUUGGAAAGGUAUUCACUCUGAUUAGGCUUCUACUGCCAGUCGUUUGGGUGCUGGGCUUUCAGUGUCUUCUCCCUGCCUGCCCCGUCUCAGAUCCCAUUUCUGUGCUCCUCCCUACAGCCUGCUAAUCCCUCCUCAUUCACCUUCUGUACACUGAAACUCUUCUUUUACAUUUUGUCAUUGAGUUCCUUAAUUUGGAAAUGGCAGUACCCUCUUAACCAUUGGGUGUACUUCAGAUCCUUUACCGCAUCUGUACCCCCACGUAAGAUUAUUGAAUAAACAAAGUUGAUCAUUUUGAUCCAAUCUAUAAAAUAACGUUUGUGUGACUUGUGUAAACCUGGGUUGUUUUGGCUUAGGGUGAUCUUGCAUGCUUUGGUUAAACGGU